GGUAUUUUGGUUAUAUUCUUCAAUUCUAUGAGCUUCAUUUGCAGUGGUGAAAAGUGUGAAAAGCUCUGGGAAAAGGAUGAAUUUUCCACCUAAUCUAAGUGAACCUCCACCUGGGUAUCCUCGAAUGCUUCCCAGAACCAUUCCACCACCAUCUGUGGGCGGAGGAAGUGAAGAUUUGAGCUUUCCCAUGAGAAAUCCUCCGCCGGGAUACUAUGGAGGACAGGAACAAACUAAAUCGACGAACGCUCAAGGAUCUCUGCAGAGUUCCAAGCAGUACUCAACUCCUUCGUCUUCAUCCGGCUCAACACGGGAAGGCAGCAGCUCGAGGAGUUCCAGAGCGUCUAGUCUGGAGAGGAAGCGUGAGUCUGAGCGGAGAAUGCAUCGCGGCAGAAGUUCCUUUCACACUCGCCAUCGAUCUCCAUCGUCGAGGGAGCACGAGAGGCGCUCGAGGAGUGAGAAGAGCAAGGAGAGGCGCUCAGAAGAGCCCCGGAGGGAGCGCAGGAGUUGCAGUCAGAGCCAACGUGCUGAGCCGAAGAAGAAGGAAACGGAGAGGGAAUUGCUGUUGGCCAAGUGGCGACGCAACUAUUGUGAGACUUCUGAGGAUAUUACCAGGAAGCUGGCUGAGUUGGCCGAUGACAAGGAAAAGGAGCACUGGAUACGCUCCUCCCCUGCGGAUGUGUACUACAAGAGGGUGUCUGAGAAUGUGGUGGAGGGAACAACUCGACUGGACGCUCUCUGCUCCCUGUUCGAGGUGGAGCUUGUUCAGAGAGCUGAGAAAAUCAAGGACAGUCAGACGCCAUACAAUCCACCACCGAGAAAGAGAAAGACUCGCUUCUGCAGGCACAAAUCGGAGAAAUGUUCCUCAUCCGACUCAUCAGAUGACGAUUUGGAUCUUGAGGAGGACUGCACUAUGGAGGAAUUGUCGAGAAAGAUAAACCAUCCUUAUCGACUGCACACGGAUCUUUGGUACAAUGAAGCUGGAGAGAUGAAUGAUGGUCCACUUUGUCGAUGUUCAGCUAAGUCCCGACGAAGUGGCAUUCGCCAUGGGAUUUAUCCAGGAGAGAAUGGCUUUCCCAAGUGUCAACUGAACAGCAAUAAUGCUGACAGGCUCUAUCACUAUCGUAUUACCAUAUCUCCGCCUACAAAUUUCCUCACCAAGACUCCUACCAUCAUCAAGUAUGAUCAGCACGAGUUUCUCUUCGAAGGAUUCUCUCUCUUGUCGCAUGUGCCGAUUGGGGAGCUUCCCACCUGCAAGGUGAUUCGCUUCAACAUUGAGUACACGGUUUUGUACAUUGAGGAGAAGAUGCCGGAGAAUUUCACCAUCAGGGAGUUGGAUUUGUUCUAUGCAUUUCUGUUCACUGAACUUCUGGAGCUGGUGGACUUUAAUCUACGACCGAACAAUACUGCCACGGACAUUUGUCCCUUCUUCCACUUCCUGCCGCGCUUCGUUCGCGACCUGUCGGAUAAUGGGAAGGAGGUGCUGGCCAUGAGUGAGGUGCUGAGAUAUCUCCUGGACAAUUCUGGACUGCUCGUGGACCGACGCACACUGGCCGACAUGAUGCACAUCAAUCAGAAUAUCUGGCAGGAUUAUGUGGACGACAUCAAGGGAAUGGUGGUGACAAAUCCGGGCAUGAAGCCUUGCUCCGUGAGGGUGGAUCAGUUGGACAGGAACGUCUCGGAUUUGCCAGAAUGUCGCGACAGUGACGGCGUUGUGCAUCCAGUGAUCGUUCACUUUGGAAUCAGGCCACCUCAGCUGAGCUAUGCUGGGAAUCCUGAGUACCAGAAAGCGUGGCGAGAAUACGUCAAGUACAGACACUUAAUCGCUAACAUGUCGAAGCCCACGUACGAUGAUAAGAGGCGUCUGGAAGCAAAAGAGGCAAAGUUGCAGGAAAUGCGGAUGUUGGGACGCAUGAAGAGGAACAUCACAGUGGCUGUGAGCUCCAAGAGUUUUCACAGAACUGGGAUUAUGUGCGAUAUGGUUCAACAUGCGAUGCUCAUCCCAGUGCUCACUUGCCAUCUUAGAUUCCAUCGCUCUCUGGAUGUUUUAGAGGAGAAUAUUGGGUAUAAGUUCCAAAACCGAUACCUUCUUCAACUUGCUCUCACACAUCCGUCGUACAAGGAGAACUUUGGCACGAAUCCCGAUCAUGCUAGGAAUAGUUUGACGAACUGUGGCAUUCGUCAGCCGGAAUAUGGAGACAGGAAAAUCCACUAUAUGAAUACCAGGAAGAGGGGAAUCAACACCCUCAUAAAUAUUAUGUCGAGAUUCGGGAAAGAAUACGAGACGGACAGUAAUAUUACUCACAAUGAGCGAUUGGAAUUCCUUGGGGACGCUGUUGUGGAAUUUCUCACCUCGAUUCAUCUCUUCUUCAUGUUCCCGGAUCUCGAGGAAGGCGGUUUGGCCACAUAUCGUGCGGCAAUUGUGCAAAAUCAGCACUUGGCCGUUCUGGCAAAGAAAUUACAUCUCGAGGAGUUUAUGUUGUACGCUCAUGGAUCUGAUCUGUGCCAUGAGCUGGAAUUGAGACAUGCGAUGGCAAAUUGCUUUGAAGCUCUUAUGGGUGCUCUUCUUCUCGACGGCGGAAUAGAAGUGGCCGAUAAGGUUUUUGCCUCGGCGCUGUUCCUGGAGGCGGAUGAUCUCAAGAAGAUCUGGGAAAACAAUCCUCCGCAUCCGCUGCAAGAACAGGAACCCCUUGGCGAUCGUCAGUGGAUUGGUUCGUAUCAAAUGCUGCAGAAUCUCACGAAAUUUGAAGAUUCAAUUGGAGUAAAGUUCCGCCACAUUCGCCUCUUGGCCAGAGCCUUCACGGAUCGUAGUAUUGGAUUCACCCACUUGACGCUCGGAUCGAAUCAGCGUCUGGAAUUCCUCGGAGACACAGUUCUGCAGCUCAUCUGCUCGGAAUACCUGUACAGGCAUUUUCCUGAGCAUCACGAAGGCCACUUGUCUCUGCUGAGGAGUUCUCUGGUGAAUAAUCGCACUCAAGCUGUGGUGUGUGACGAUCUCGGCAUGACUCAGUAUGCUGUCUAUUCGAAUCCGAAGGCGGAGCUGAAGACCAAAGAUCGGGCAGAUCUGCUGGAGGCAUUCCUAGGUGCGCUUUACGUGGACAAAGGGCUCGAGUACUGCCAGACGUUUUGCCAUGUGUGCUUGUUUCCACGACUCAAUGUGUUCAUCAUGAACCAGGACUGGAACGAUCCCAAGUCGAAGCUGCAACAAUGCUGUCUCACAUUGAGGUCGAUGGACGGGGGCGAGCCCGACAUCCCGGUGUACAAAGUCAUAGAAUCUAUUGGACCGACAAACACACGGGUUUACACGGUGGCAGUGUACUUUCGAGAGAAACGUCUCGCGUGCGCCACAGGUCACAGUAUCCAGCAGGCAGAGAUGAAUGCGGCUAAGAAGGCGCUGGAAAACUCCCAGGAUCUCUUCCCUCAGCUUGACCACCAGAAGCGUGUGAUUGCUCGGAGUGUGAAGCGCCAGAAGGGAUCGUCGAUGGAGUCAAAGAGGAGGGAUAUUCCACUAGAUGGCUUGGGUAUUGAUAAGAAGUUCAGUCUCUUUGAUGACAGCAAUCUGCCGAAGCAGUAUAGAUCCAGGGAGGAUAUUUCAAGCGAGGAGGACUUCUCGGACAGCGAAUCCAGCAGUAAUGACAGCUCAAUGAGUAGCUUAAGCGAAAAAUCCGUUAAAGUGAGGCCAGUGAAGAGCAGAAAACGAAAGCGAUCUCCUGACAAUGAGGACUCCAAGGAGGAUCUUCAAGAUAUUCUAAGUUCAGUGUCUGAUGAGGAGAUGCCAGAGGAGAAAGUGACUUACGAAGAUGCUGCUGAGAUCUACAAAGUGGCAGGAACGGAGGAUUUGUCGUCUGAUCUGGAAUCUGGAGAGCUCGUCUAAAAGUUUCCAUAAAAAUAAAGACUUUUGCGUCGUUUUGCGGAUGAAUUUGAACUUUGGUCG